CAUCUUAUUUAAUCCGCUUCAUCGUCCUCUGGGUCCCCUCAUUCUCGCAACACAAUUUUCAGAGCCAAGUCAAAGGCUUCUGUCUUCUGUCUUCUUCUUCUCUCGGUGAAGAACACAAGCUGUUCUGUAAGAAUUAUGAACAGAGAUGGCGCGUACAACCCACGCACUGUGGAGGAGGUUUUCAGAGAUUAUAAUGGGCGUAGGAAUGGCAUGAUUAAGGCUUUAACCACCGAUGUUCAUGAGUUCCACCGCCUUUGUGAUCCCGAGAAGGAGAACUUGUGCCUUUAUGGGCUCCCUAGUGAGGACUGGGAAGUGAAUCUACCAGCUGAAGAGGUUCCCCCUGAGCUCCCAGAGCCUGUUUUGGGUAUCAACUUCGCCCGAAACGGGAUGCUGGAGAAGGACUGGCUGUCCCUCGUCGCUGUCCACAGUGACGCAUGGCUUAUGGCAGUUGCUUUCUUUUUCGGAGCCAGGUUUGGCUUUGACAAAGCUGAUAGGAAACGCCUCUUCAAUAUGGUGAACGACCUGCCAACGGUUUUCGAGGUUGUGACUGACUUUCUUGCUAGGAAACUGUCAAAGGAGAAAUACUCUGUUUCCAACAACAGCAGCAACAGAUCCAAAUCAAACUCCAAGCGAGGAGGAUCAGAGGCUCGGCCCAUCGCAAAGCCAGCGCCCAAAGAGGAAGAGGAGGAGGAAGAGGAGAAUGAUGAUGAUGAUGAGGAAGGUGAUACAGCGUGUGGGGCAUGUGGUGAGACCUAUGCACGUGAUGAGUUCUGGAUCUGCUGUGACAUGUGUGAGAAUUGGUUCCAUGGGAAGUGCGUGAAGAUAACGCCGGCCAGGGCUGAGCACAUCAAGCAGUAUAAGUGCCCAUCUUGCAGCAACAACAAGAGGGGUCGGUCCUAAAUUGAUUUUUAACUGCCGCCUCUGUGUAUUUGAUGAACAGCCUUCUAACUGUUUUGGUUAGAUUUUUAUUUGUUGGUAAAAGACCUCAUCUCAUUUGGUUAUCUUAGGCGUAAGUUAGCCUCUUCUUUUCUGCCUUCUUAGGAAGACAUUUAUUUAUCAUUUAUACAAGUGGGGUUUCAUCCUUACUCUCUGUUUAUGUGUUGUCUUUUAGAGAGGAAAACAUUUUUAAACUCAAUCAAAAUGUCAUGUUAUCCA